AUGGACUUUCUCAAAGCAGAGAUCUCCAACAAGCGCAAGGCGGCUGAGGUCGCCACCUCGACAGCAUCAGCUAGCACCUCCAAAGCGGCGGCUGCACCACCACCGAACAAGUACAUGCGAAGAGGAGACCUCGAAAAGCUUCGAGAACAGCAAGAACGAUCCGUUUCACCAUCCUCUUCCGCCUCUCCAUCUGCCUCAUCGCGCACAGCAACAUCUUCGCCAAGCAAGCGCCUCAAGACUGAGGCAGACGCUAUAGCACGCUCAGCUUGCCCCUCAACAUCAACAUCAACGAGGCUCAGCUCAGCAACAAAAGCAGCGCUCGACACAGCAGCGGCAGAAGUCGGGCGCGAAAGGUUCAACGUAUCCAAUGAAGAAGCUGUCCGUCGACUACGAGCAAAAGGCGAACCGAUCAGACUCUUCGGAGAGUCGGAUAAAGAACGUCGUCUCCGAUUGCGCGCGCUCGAACUUAUCGAGGAGAAAGGAGGUGGAGCUGUGGGUCAGAACGAUUUCCGCAACGCUCUACAAAGUGCUGAAAGCGCAACUGCGCUUGACCUACUAGAGAAGAGAAACGCCGCAAACAAAGGCAAAUUCGAACAAGCUCGUCUCGAAGGGUUACGGCAAGAUGCAGCCGCAGCAGCUGCGAUAGGUGAUGCUGAGAAAGCUCUCGCUGACCAGCCAUCCACAUCAGAUCAGAAGGACGGGGAGGAGGGCGAAAUCUCCAAAACACGAGAAGGAGUGGGUAUGGGCCAAGUUCUCGACCUUAACCUGAUCAAAACCGACAUCGACCGAGUCUACCCUAUCAUAUACUACACCCUCAAAGGUCUCCUCCAAGAGUGGGCCGACUCCCUCGCCUCCCGUCCCGAUGAAGUCAAACAUACCAUGCAAGGCAAACUUGCAGCCGCAACCCAGGUUCAAUCCGCAGACUACCUCAAACCCCUUUUCAAGAAGCUACGCAAACGCGCGCUGACACCAGACGUCCUAAUGCGGAUAGCAGAGAUCGUGCACUACAUGCAGAAGAGACAGUAUAGGAACGCGAACGAUUCGUAUCUGCAGCUUUCGAUUGGGAAUGCACCAUGGCCGAUCGGUGUUACGAUGGUGGGUAUUCAUGAGAGGUCAGGGAGAGAGAAGAUCUUCAGUAGUAAUGUGGCUCAUGUGUUGAACGAUGAGGUAUCAAGGAAAUAUAUUCAGAGUUUGAAGAGGUUGAUGACUUUUGCACAGACGAAGUAUCCUCCGGAAGAUAUUAGUAUGAUGAUGGGGUAG